AAAUUCCGCCAAAAAGUCACACAGGCGGCGCUGCAUUCCAUUUCCUUUGCACAAGCGUCUGAGCGAGUCAGCAUGGCAAUUUUGGCGGAAUGUCAGUGUUUUGGAGGCAACGAUGGAGUCAGAAAAAAAAUUAGCAGAAAUUUUCAAAUUAUUCGAAUACGAAGUAAAAGAACCUGAUGCAUUAAAAAAAUGUGUGGAAAUUUGCGAAAAUUUCAACAUUGAUGCUGACGGUAUAACGGACAAAUGGUUGGAGUUUAUUCAAAGUACAGAAGACGAUAAAAAUCUCGAUGUGACUGUGCAAAGAGUUGAAGAAUUCGAGGAGUGGUGUGUAUUCAAUAUAAAAGAACGAUUUGAUAAACCUAAAAAACCAUCAGUAACUGAAUUCAAGAAAGAAGAUGAGCCGAAAGAAAAACUUGAUAUCGAUCUAUCGAGAUCAAGUACAUUAAAUGCAUCAAAACCAAUCGUGGAUGAUGAAGAUAUUCUGGAAAUAUAUGGAUACAAGAAAGAACUUUCGAAAAAUCAGAUUCAACAAAGAAGCCCUGGAGAAGAAGAAAUUAUUGUGGAUGACAAACCAUUGAAUAGUGAAAAGGUCAAUUCUACCGACUUACAAAGCAGUAAAAGUGGAACAGUUCUCUUGAAGUUUGGACAAAAUGUAGAUGAUUGGAAAAAUUCAUUCACACGCGAGAUAAAAAUAACUAAAACUAACGAUCCUCACGUGACACCAAACGAGCCAUUUCUCUACAAUCAGAUGAGUGACUUCGUAGUAUUAAAUGAACUAUGUCGAGCGAUGGCUGGGGUCUUUUAUAACAUUUGGUCAAAAGAAAAAGAACAGCUUGUAAUAACGUCAAAUGUGAGAGAGAAAACGCUUGAUAAUUUCCGAACAUGGGGUCGAAUUACUUGUGAUGACGAGGGAAAACUCAACCCUGCUUCUAUUCUUUUAGUGGGUGAAACCGAACAUUGGUUUCAUUCCCUCGGUGAAUAUGAACCCGAUGAGUUGGCUGAAGGUGCAUUUGACCUGGAUAGGUUUGCUCAGGAAUUUGAUAAUGAUGAAGUGAACAUUGAAGAAAAAAGUGGUUUUGGAGAUCCCGAGGCAGAAGAUAUUAGAAAGAAGAAAGAAUGCAUUCCAUUAGAUGUUAGUCGACUUCAACGUUUUUCCUUUUUCCCAGGACAAAUUGUGGGGGUUGAAGGUAGAAAUCCAACCAGAGAAAUUCUAUCGGCUUAUAAAAUUAUACCUGGCGCAGCAUUUGGACCUGAAAAGCCUCCACAAUUAACCGAGUCAAUACAGAUUGUUAUCGGUGCUGGACCAUUCUCUGCUCCAAAGUCAGGAAACGAUUAUCAACCACUCUAUAAUUUGAUGAGUCAAGUUGCUCAAAUGGAACCGAACGUAUUAAUUCUUAUAGGACCAUUUAUUAUCGAUGAUGGCGUUUGUUUAGAAGAACAAAAACACAGUAAGACUUAUCAAGAGAUCUUUGAAAAUUUAGUUACAAAAAUUAUGGGAUAUGUUGAAGGAAAAUGCACACAAGUUGUGCUUAUUCCUUCAUAUGAAGAUGCACAUCAUGAUGGAUUUUAUCCAACGUCUGAAUUUUCACUUCGAGCUUCACUUAAAAAACGAAACUUACAUUUAAUGCCUGACCCUUGUAUGAUUGAUAUUGAGGGUUUAAUUAUUGGAGCAACAUCUGUUGAUAUUAUUCGACAUCUUAGCAGUGAAGAAAUAAGCCGGAAUAUGCGAGACAAGUUGGGUCGUUUAGCUGAACAUUUAUUACUACAAUCAUCAUUUUAUCCACUCCAUCCACCCUCACCAGAAGUACCUCUUGAUACCCUUUUGUGGGCAGAUUGUAGCAUGAUGGAUACUCAACCCCAUAUCCUUCUGGUACCUUCAGCUAUGCAGCAUUUCCAUAAAUGGAGUCAUGGAACGCUCAUUUUAAAUCCUUCUAAAGCUUCAAAAGGGAUAUUUACUCGGUUGAAUAUCCGUCCUGUUGAUAAUCAAUGGUCGGAAAAUUGUGUUGAUGGCGAAGUUCUGAGAAUUUAAUUGAAAUAAGAUACUUUUGAUAUAUUAUUAAAAAUAAUAUUAUUUAUUACAUUGAAAUUUCUUUUUGAAUAAAGUUUUUUUUAUAAUA